AUGAUUAUACGUCCCUCCAUGACAUCAUCAAAACGAUUACAAAAUUAUUUGACCGAGUUUUUAAUACUUAUAAGUCAUAUUUACCCAGUUUACCAGAAAAUGGUCUGGUUAGUUUGGAGCACAAUUACUAUUUUUGUACAGUGCUUAGUGGUUGACAACAGUGGGAAGAAGAGGGAGGAUUAUAAUUAUUUUUGACGUCAGGGUGUCUACUGGUCAAAAGAGAAAGAGACUGGUGAACUGGGUGUCGUAUUUUGCUUAAACGCUUCUGUAAAACAAAAUUACCGUCAAUCUCUACGAAGCAUGGAUCGGAAGGACGUUUUAAAUUUUAAUUAAUGAACUGAAUAACACAUAAACAAAAAUGUAUCCUCCAAUUUAUUCUCUCUUGCAAAUUUCCUACUCGAAAUUAUGUUACUUAACUCCCCACCGAGCAGAGGACUUUCUCUGGUAUUACUUCCUCAUUCUUCGAAUUACGCCUGUGAUCGACAUUUAAUUACAACCAAUCAUAGAAAAGCGUUUUCAGCGACUCGACGCUGUUCUUGUGAGAGUGCCCUUUAUUGGCUGGUUGGUGCAUGAGGGUUUGUUUAUUAGCAGGAGGGGGCGGGGAAACGUGCUUAAAUAUAACACCUCGGCAUCAUUUCGGCUGUUCAGUCUACUAAAUGUAACUGUUGUGAGGAAGAGUAGAUAAUAGACUAUAAGCAGGCAGAGCGAUUCUAUUAUUAGACAGACAUCACACAUUUGUAGCUUUCACUUUCACCAAAGUUUCAAACCGCCUGACCCACUUAGCAGCCGCGCUCCUAGUUUCCGGAAUAAAGAUGAAGGCUGUCAGUCCGAUGCGGUCCGUCCGGAGCUGCUACGAGGCGGUGUGCUGCAUCUCCGAGCAGAGCCUGGGCAUCUCCCGGACCAAGGCCGCCGUGGAGGAGCCUUUAAGCGCGCUGUGCGACAUGAACGACUGCUACUCCAAGCUGAAGGCGCUGGUACCCAGCAUCCCGCGGAACAGGAGCGUUAGCCAGGUGGAGAUCCUGCAGCAUGUCAUCGACUACAUCUUCGACCUGCAGAUCGCCCUGGAGGGCGAGGCGGCCGUCAGCCCGACGCCCGGCGUGCUGUUGUCACUCAAGGCUUCGGACAUAACGUGCAGUUUUGCUAAAGAAGACGGUGGAUUGUGCCACUAGCAGGUGGCUGACGCGGUGCGGGAAACACAUGUGCCCACUUCACUUUGGGCAAGAAAACGGGAAGGAGGGGUGGGGUAGUUAUUUUCAAGGACUGGGGGCUGGUGGGGAAAGAGGGAUGUCAUGACAGAAGAUUAACCUCAGGUCCUCCACGCUCAUUCAUUUCCAGGCUGCAAGAGGCUUAAACACACCAAAGUACAAAGGCGUGAGGACAGCGUCUCCAUUCUUACAGUGUGUUCAUUCAACUUUCCUUGAAUUUGAACCCAAAUGAUUUGGACAUUUUAUACCAAAAUCUCUCCGUACUCUUCCUUUCGCUUCCCUUGUCCAUUACGGUGGGUUUCCUAAAGCCCUUGAGAAAUGUUUGGGAUGUAUCUAGUUAACAGUGGGUUUUGUACAGACUGGGGGGGGGAGUAGAACUCUAUUAUAGAGUCAAUUUGUGAAUGUUUGUAGGGAUUGUGGAUUUCUACAAACAACGUUACUGAGUUUUAUAAACUUUUAUAAAAAUGUGUUUUUCUAUGUACCUUUUUUACAUGCUGAAAUAAACUGACUAUGUACAUA